AUUUACUCGACAUCUUGAUACAGUAAAUAAAACCUCGGAUUGAUUCUUCAUCGUCAAACUGAAGUACAAAUACAUGUCAGAUACGCACUUUUGGGCUUGAGAACACGCAGGGCCCCUUUGGUUCUCAUUUGAUUUGUGCGAGGCCUUACAAAAAUGUUUGUACCAAAGGCACAUCCAUCAUCUGCUUCUCUUCGCAAUCCUCGGAGGCGCCAGCGUACAAACUCAGAUGAAUCUCCAAAGCCACCAAGUGCGAAGAGACAGCGAUCUGCGCUGCGCCAGGAAAUCCUAGAGCCAUCAUCCAACCCUCUAGCCGAGCAACAUAUCCAGCUCGGAUUGCAGGAACGCCUCCCGUCAACAUCGCUGGAAGAAGACCUCGCAAUCGCAGAGAAUGUCAACGUCCACCGAAGCAUUCCAAUAAGGGGUGCUAAAAGGCCAGAGAAGCGCGAGGACGGAGGGGAUGGAACAGUUGUGCUUUCGAAAACAGAGUUCUAUACGGUAACCCAGCUACCAACUUUGCCGGACCAAAUUCUUGGUCUGCAAUCAGGGCGUUUUAGAGGAUCAUUUGGAAACAGUCAUGGAUAUGCUCUUGCUCUAACAAAGUCGCACGCCAUCAUCUGGCCAUAUAUGACCGCAACUCCAUCCCCUUCUCCUGCAGAUGUUUUCACGCUUGCAAUACCUGAAUCACGCUCAGAGUCCAGCGAUACUGUCCCCCUCGGAUUGCUUUUAUCGGCCGCUGCAGGUGGAGCACCGGGGUUGAUGGUGGUUAUGCCGUAUUCCGGGAAAGUCAUAUACUGGGAAACCGUAUCGAGUGCUGCAUCAUUGGGGUUCGCCAGACAGAAGCAUUCCGGCCUUCAGGGGUGCAUACACGGCUUGCUCUCUGGGGAGCACGCCACGGACGUAAUCAAUAGCGAGCCGUCUGGUGUUGUCGUCACAUUUUCCACCGGAAGAGUUGCUCAUAUAACCAUCAGGGACCCCCAGGGGAAGCCAGCAGUGACUGCAUCGUUUCUCAGAAACCCCCCAAGUGGCGGUAAAGCCGGCUUACUGGGGAGUUUAAGAAAUGCCCUUGGAGGUGGCUUUUACAGAAAAGACAUCGCUGCUGUUCGCGCAGGCGAGUCCCACCAGCGUGGCCAACGGGAUGUCAUAAUUGCUUCGUCUAUCGGUCUUUUUGAAGUUUGGGACACCCACUGGAAUAAUGGAAGCAUGCUAAAACAGCAAUUUGAUAUUGGGGAUCUCUUACGUGAAGCCCUUGGGUCCCAGUCUGAGGAUCAGGUUAAUGAUGAGAACCUAAGGGUCUUGGAUUUUGCAUUGUCCGAGGUCGAAAGCGACGGUGAAACGCAUCGCGAUGGUCCCCAUCCAAAGCUGAUCACAGCAGUUGUGAUUCGUGACUCAAGAAAAACUCGGAAUAUGUUCGUUGUGCAAAUGGGGCUUUCCAGCGACGUUCAAAUAAAAUCAACUGCCACAAUUGACCCGCAUGGCCUACCCGCACAGCUGGAGUUCUCGCACGUUAAAUUAUUCGUACCAAGUCCUGGACACAUCGCGUUCAUUCUCGUUGGGCAGUCAGUUGUGUUACUAUCAUUGAGCACCUAUGAACAGCCUGCCAUUUCACAGUAUGCAAUUUCUGGCAGCCAGCAAGGGCGAAUGUUCAGGGAUAUCAUCCCCCUGCGAUCCGGAGAAAGCUAUGAGAUAUUGGGCAGUGGAAGUGAAAAUCAGAAUGGUGAAGAAUCAUUAGCUGCGUGCCUACUCAUGGUUCGAGAUUUUGGUAUCAUCCGCAUCACAGCUUUGCCAAAUAAAAGAACAAGGAGCAAUAUUGAUAUUGGCCAAAUCACGGCAAAACUCAAAAUCGAGCAGGCCAUAUUCUAUGGCACAAUGACGAAGAACCCAUUGAAUUUAACUGGUACUGGUGGCUUAGGCUUCCCGGUUGACGAAAUCGAGCAGGCUGCAUUGGAAAUUUGCAGGGAACUUAUGCGAUCUGCAUCAGAAUUCAUUCCUUCAACCGGGAUAUCCGUCGAUCAGAAUUUGAAACUCCGCGCGAAAGCCCUUGAUGAACUCGCCCUCUUAUUGACACAGCACAAUAAGGCCCUCCGUCGUGAAGUUUGGUGGGAGCUGCUUUGGGGUGCGGAGAAGCUUGCAGCCCAAAGAGCUAUGUGGAAAUUAGAAGAUGAAAGCAGAAAAUGCGGCAACAAAUCUUCAACGUUGCUAGCUCAUAUAAUUGGAUUAAUGAGCGAGAAAUUUAAAACAAAGAUUGAGAAGCAAGCCGGAGAUUGCGAUCCAGUACGCCAUUGGUUCCUAUACGAUACUUUUCAGAUGGAGCACAUUGUGCCGUGGAUAUUUAACGCGAUCAAGCCUCAAAAGGGAAGCUCUACGAAACAAGGGCGGAGGAUGUCAGAACAGCUGCUGGAAGCUAGCGAACUCUCUCUGGCUGUUCUAGAGACAGCAUUUCGUUACCGAGAUGAACAUUCCAGCCGGUACGGAAUAAGUGACGGCUAUCUGGAAAAUGGUGUGUUGAUGAGUGGCUACAAUGGUCUCCCAGAGUUCUGGACAUCACAGCGCUAUUGUUACAUAGAAUCGGGACACCUACUAGAUCUGGAGCUUGACAGUUGCAGGGCUUGGAUUCAACAAACAGCAGUCGGCGUCGAGCCACCAGAAAAUCAAACUGUCCAAAGGAUUGCCAAAAACAGCGCCAGACAGCUCCAUGUUUUAGGACAUAUGCAUUGUGAACGGGUCCAGUGGCUUUCAGCCCAAGAAGAUCAAAAGCUUGUCGACGAAGGGAUCACCACAGAACAUGCUCAGAUUAAGCAACGAAAAUGGCAGUUGUUCAAAUUGGCAGGGAUAGGUCACCUAGAAGAUGCCAUCAUCCUUGCCGAGCAGUUUCGAGACAUGGGAGCACUUGUGGAACUCAUAAUUGAACUCCAGGACCAAACUAAAAGCCUUGUGGUUCCUGAAAGUUCACUGAGCAGUGUUACGAAUGCAGACGAUAAUGCAUCUGAACAGCUGAGUAAAAGGAUUUCCUUCUACUUUGAGAAAUUUGGGGAACCAUGGGCAGACGCGUUCUUUUCUCGACAGAUCUCUAUGGGACAGUCUGGGAUCCUGUUUGCAAUGAAGAAGUUUCAGCCCUUCGUCACUCGUUUUCUACGAAAACACCCAGGCUAUUUACGGCUGGGCUGGAUCAAUGAUGUGAUCGGCGAAAACAACUAUGACUACGCUGCCCGAUCCUUGGAGAAGUUGGCCACUAAACAUGAAUCGGAUAUAUGGUGUCAUCGCGUCGAGUUGUCUCUAGCAAAGCUUGCAAACCUAGCAGCCUGGGAAGAAUCAGCUAUGCCAGAUAGUUUGGUUGUUCGCAAUAAUGUCAGGCGCUUGGAAGAUUUUGCGGAAAUAGACGCCGUCCAAGAAGUAAUUUUUGCUUACAUUGCACCAGCGUUGCAUAGUGCGAUUGACCAAAAAGCGGAAGUUGAUAUUGCAAUCGAACAUUUCCGCAAACCAACUGCAGGGGAUAGACCAUCAUUGCAUGAGAUAUUUAGCGAGGCACUCGCUAAAAUUGUCACGCGACAGGUCGUUGGUUUAGAUGAACUGAUUGACCUGCUAACGCUUAUAUGUCUAGCCCAAGUCUCUGAACAUGGUCAAGAUGAAAUUGUGGGGAAGCAAUUCUAUCUAGCCUUGCGAAUUAUCCGGCUUUCUUGCGACCAGCGGGACUCGCACUACAAUGCUGCAUUGCAGAAAUUGGUAUGGAGAAGAUGUAUGAUAGAUAGCGAUUGGGAGCGAACAGGGGAAAUUGCUGAUCAGAUGGGAAUGAGCACGGAAUCGCUUCUCUAUGGCACUGCACUCUUUCGUACCCUUUGUUGGUGUCUCAAGGACGCGCGCGACGAAGACUCUAAUUACCCUAAGCUUUAUGUCCCCUCCACUCCACACGACGUGUUAUUGAGUGAGUCGGAGGCUGAUCUUAUAACAUCACGCUUCCCCCCUGAGCGACGGGUCCGGAUUUCUCGUGAUCUUGCUAGGGAAAAUGAGAUCCUGCACCAGCACAUCGCAAAGGGAAGGCUUGGUUUCUGGUUCAAGAACCUUGUCGACUCGGUUGAGACUGUGCCGCAGGGGCUUGCUGCGGCUUCUGUUAAUAAUGACAAAGGCAGCAGCAACGUGCAAGAUUGUAUCCAACAGGAGCCAGAAACUGGAAAGACACAGCUCAGUUGGCUCUAGGGUUACAACUCCAGUCUCCGCAAAUAUUUUAGCUUCUCUAUGCUGCUUAUUGCCACGAUGUGCCUGAAGAUACACUGCUGGUAAUGAAAUUACAUUAUUGCAAAUAACUAUCGUUUCCUCUUGCGCUCUGCCCGGUGAAUUUCACAUCCUUUGAUAAUAUUUCUCAUUAUAUGACCUUUUUACGGAAGUCUUAACAAUGCGGUGCUCGUUUUGAGCCCAUAGCUCAUUAGACCGAGGCUCCUGCAUCUAUUACUCCGUGUGAUAGAUCCAUUGAGCGC